UCCAUGAGAACAAAGCCUUCGUCACGGCUGCAACACAAACACCUUCUGAACAAAGGCGGCCAUGUUUCCAGAACGCCGUCCUCCCAUAAAUCCCGGCGGCUCUCGGCUCUGAGCGGUUUGACACUGAGAGCUGCUGAGAGUCAUGCCUCUGCCCCGACGCCGCUCAUCUUUCCUGGGACAGCCGUCCUCCGAGCGCCCGGCCCACGCCUCAUGUGGACGGAUCGGGACGGCCGGAACCGGCGCCCCCCGCGGCGUCUUCGUGGGCUCCGCCCCCCCAAUGGGCGGGGCCUCCUGCCUGGGGACACGGGUGUCCCGGCGGGCGCUGGGUAUCAGCAGCGUGUUCCUGCAGGGAAUGAGAAGCAGCACGGCGCCGGUGCUACCCCGGGCCGGGGAGGCUGCAGGUCACGGGGGGGCGGCGGCCGGACUGAACAGUUGCCUGAUGGAGUACAGAGACAAAGUGAGAGCGCUGGAACAGCUGAACCAGCAGCUGGAGGAACAGAUCCGGCUCUGUCUGGACCGCAAAGCAUCCAGCGCCGGAGCCUGGGGGCCCCUCAGGAGGGACUGGGAGGACGUCUACAGACAGGUCAGUGAAGCGAUCCUGGACAACGCUCGGCUGAUGCUGCAGACGGAGAACGUUCAGGCCAACGCCGAGGACUUCAAGGACAGGUACGAGAACGAGCAGCCGUUCAGGAAGGCGGUGGAGGAGGAGAUCAGCUCUCUGUACAAAGUGAUCGACGACGCCAACCUGACGAAGGCCGAGCUCGAGGAGCAGAUGGAGAACAUGAGAGCUGAGCUACGCAACCUGGAGCGCAACCACGAGCAGGACGUGCGAGUCCUCUACAGUCAGAUGGCAGGACGCGAGGUGGAUGAACCCGACGCUCCCAUAGAAACCAGUCUGGACCAGAUCCUGGCCUACAUCAGGAGCCACUGGGAGAAGGUGACGGAGAGGAACCGAGCCGAGACGGACAGCUACCUGGAGUGUAAGGAGGCGCAGUGUGUGAGCAGCAGACUGAGUCCUGAGGAGGAGCAGGUGGAGGCGCUGAAGGCCGAGUGUAACGACACCGGCUGCAAGAUCCAGAAUCUGCAGGCCGAGACCGAGUCCAUCAGAGCGCUGAAACGAGGCCUGGAGAACUCCCUGGGCGACGCCCGGCACUGGCACGACGUGGAGCUGCAGAACCUGGGCUCGGUGGUGGCCAAGCUGGAGGCGGAGCUGGCCGACGUGCGCGGCGAGAUCGAACAGCAGCGCCGCGACUACGACACGCUGCUGAGCAACAAGCAGCGUCUGGAGCAGGAGAUCAGCAUGUACCACGGCGUCCUGGACGGAGAGGAGAGCCGCUUCCAGCCCACCGAGACGCCGUGUUCAGGUCUGCACUCACAGCCUGAGGGAGCCAGUGCUUCUGCUCCUCCAGACUCCAGGACCGACACUGCAGGACCUGCAGGACCUGCAGGACCUCCAGGACAGUGAUCCCAGCGGAGGAUCUGAGGAGCAGACUGAAGUCCAGCAGAGACUUUCUGGAUGUUUGUGUUUCUUCAGACAAACGUGGACUCUGUGAGGUUGAACCGGUCUCUGCUGGAGGAUUUUCUACCUGGUGACGUGUGCAGGUGUGAAUGGUGCUGAGAACCUGCAGCAGGAAGUCCACAGUGAGCAGAAUUCAACAGGAGGCAGCGAAUCAGAGUGAUGAUCUGAGGUCAUGUGAUCUGAAUCUGAUCUGAAAGUGUUUUUGCUGAAUGUGACUGUGAUGUCAGAAGAAGUCCUCAGGUAAACCAGUUCCCAGAACACCUGAAGAUCCGACCCGAACCGCUGCUCAGGGGUUCUGGAUCGGUCCGGCUUCUGAUUGGACUCAACAGAACCAAUCGGAAUUUGCCGGCAGGUGGCCAGAUCAGUAGAUCCCUUUGUAAUUAGCUACAGCAGCUAAUCCAGGAAGCUAAUACCUGUUGAGAGUCGAGCGUUGAUGACACUUCUGUAAAAUAACGCGGACGCUUUGGGUCUGUGUCGUUUCCUGAAUCUCUACAGUUCCAGGUGCGAGCGUAAAGUUAGCGUGACCCAAAGUCACAACAAGUCCGGGAGCGAGGCACAAGCACCUGCAGCGCCAUGACGCGUCAACUCUCCAGAUCGUCAUGACGGCCGAGCCUUCUGUUGCACUUCAGUCCCUCGUAUGGAAAAACACUGAAUACGUUUCCCACAAUGCACCUGGAUAUAAUAAUAUAUAUUACUGUGCCGCGUUCACUUCAUACGUGACGGAUCGUAGCGAUGAAAGAUUCUCCUGUUUGCGACUUCGCGUCAUCAGUCGGUCGUUUGAGAGUUAAAAUACUGUGAACUGACGAGAUGACAUCAUCAAGGUGGGUUUGAUUACGCUGAACGACGUGAGGCGGCCAUGUUUGUUUUGGUUUUCAGACUCACCGGGUCAGAUACAUCAGAGCUCGCAGCGUCAGAGCCUCUGUGCACCCCUUCAGGUGACGGAGUUACCUGCCAGACAUCAACACACACCUGGGAGGAAUGAGGUGGUCACGUGACCAGUUCAUGACUUAAACUAGUGAUCAAUCACAAAGCAUUGUGGGAUACUGACCUUUGACCUCGUCGUGUUAAAUAAAUCUAACACACCUUGUAACAAACACUGUGAGGACACACAGGUGCUUUAAAGGACGUCAGGUGUGUUUGACCUGUUUCACUCUGAAGUGAUGACAUCAUCAUGUCAUGUGACCGAGGGCUCAGUUUUCUGAUCAAUAAAACCCGUUUUCUGAUGAUUAUGUUUGAUUCAGUGUUUCUGUUUAAACUUCUGCUGCCUGAGGAAAUAAAAGUUUUAAAGUGA